AUGGAUGAGGAAAACAUGACGAAAAGCGAAGAACAGCAACCUCUGAGUUUGCAAAAAGCCUUGCAGCAGUGCGAGCUGGUUCAGAACAUGAUAGACCUGAGCAUCUCCAAUCUGGAAGGGCUUAGGACGAAGUGUGCAGCUUCCAACGACCUCACGCAGAAGGAGAUCCGGACCCUGGAGAGCAAGCUGGUCAAGUACUUCAGCCGGCAGCUGUCCUGCAAGAAGAAGGUGGCCCUGCAGGAGCGCAAUGCCGAACUGGACGGCUUCCCCCAGCUCCGCCACUGGUUCCGGAUCGUGGACGUGCGCAAGGAAGUCCUGGAGGAGAUCUCCCCUGACCAGCUGAGCCUGGAGGACCUUCUAGAAAUGACAGAUGAGCAGGUGUGCGAGACAGUGGAGAAGUACGGAGCCAACCGGGAGGAGUGUGCCCGGCUCAACGCCUCCCUGUCCUGUCUCAGGAAUGUGCACACAUCAGGAGGGAAUCUCUCCAAACAAGACUGGAUCAUCCAGUGGCCCACCACGGAGCCAGGGCAGGACAACAACCCUGUGUGCCCCCCAGAGCCCAGCUCGUGGAUCCGCACCCCCCUCUCCCAGAGCCCCAGGGUCCAGUCCAAAUGUGUCCAGCCCUUCUGUCACAGCAGCCCUACGCCUGGAGCCCCCGUGUACACCCACGUGGACAGACUCACUGUGGAUGCCUAUCAGAGCUUGUGUCCGCCGCCACUUCUGGAAUCAGGCCACCGCUCCUUGCCCCCGUCACCCCGGCAGCGGCACGCAGUUCGCACCCCACCUCGCACCCCCAAUAUCGUCACCACCGUGACCCCUCCUGGCACACCACCCAUGAGGAGAAAAAACAAGCUGAAGCCUCCAGGGACGCCACCACCCUCCUCUCGGAAACUUAUCCAUCUGAUCCCCGGCUUCACGGCGCUGCACAGGAGUAAAUCCCAUGAGUUCCAGCUCGGGAACCGUGUAGAUGAGGCCAACACGCCCAAAGCCAAGAAGAAGAGCAAACCACUGAACCUCAAGAUCCACAGUGGCGUGGGCAGCUGUGAGAACAUCCCUGCCCAGCAGCGGUCCCCACUCCUGUCGGAGCGCUCCCUGCGGUCCUUCUUCGUGGGCCACGCACCCUUUCUGCCCUCCACCCCACCCGUCCACACGGAGGCCAAUUUCUCUGCAAACACACUGUCUGUACCACGGUGGUCACCGCAGAUCCCACGCAGAGACCUUGGCAACUCCAUUAAGCACAGGUUUUCCACCAAGUAUUGGAUGUCUCAGACCUGCACCGUCUGCGGGAAAGGGAUGCUUUUUGGCCUCAAGUGUAAAAACUGCAAGUUAAAGUGCCACAACAAAUGUACCAAAGAAGCCCCGCCCUGUCAUCUCCUGAUCAUCCACCGAGGAGACUCUCUGUGCUGUUUUUACCCUACGGACCCAGCAAGGUUAGUGCGAACGGAGUCGGUCCCCUGUGACAUCAACAACCCUGUCCGGAAGCCAGCACGAUACUCAGAUCUGCACAUAAGCCAGACGCUCCCCAAAACCAACAAAAUCAACAAGGACCACAUCCCUGUUCCUUACCAGCCAGACUCCAGCAGCAACCCCUCAUCCACGACGUCCUCCACACCCUCCUCACCAGCACCCCCUCUCCCUCCCAGCGCCACGCCGCCUUCUCCCUUGCACCCUUCCCCACAGUGCACAAGACAGAAAAAGAACUUCAACCUGCCAGCUUCCCACUACUACAAAUAUAAGCAGCAGUUCAUCUUCCCAGAUGUGGUGCCUGUACCAGAGACGCCCACCCGGGCGCCCCAAGUCAUCCUGCAUCCUGUCACCUCCAAUACAAUCUUGGAAGGAAAUCCAUUACUUCAGAUUGAAGUGGAACCAACCUCGGAGAACGAAGAGGGCCACGAUGAGGCAGAGGAGUCUGAGGAUGAUUUUGAGGAGAUGAACCUGUCCCUCCUCUCAGCCCGGAGCUUCCCACGCAAGGCCAGCCAGACCAGCAUCUUCCUUCAGGAAUGGGACAUCCCCUUUGAGCAGCUAGAGAUCGGCGAGCUCAUCGGGAAGGGUCGCUUCGGGCAAGUGUACCACGGACGCUGGCACGGUGAGGUGGCCAUCCGGUUGAUUGACAUCGAGAGGGACAACGAGGACCAGCUCAAGGCCUUCAAGCGGGAAGUGAUGGCCUACAGGCAGACGAGGCACGAGAAUGUGGUGCUCUUCAUGGGAGCCUGCAUGAGCCCGCCCCACUUGGCCAUCAUCACCAGCCUCUGUAAGGGUCGGACUCUCUACUCUGUGGUGAGGGAUGCCAAGAUUGUCCUGGAUGUCAACAAAACCAGGCAGAUCGCACAAGAAAUUGUGAAGGGCAUGGGCUACCUCCACGCCAAGGGCAUCCUUCACAAGGACCUCAAAUCAAAGAACGUUUUCUAUGACAACGGUAAAGUGGUCAUCACGGACUUUGGGCUCUUCAGCAUCUCUGGAGUACUACAGGCUGGCAGGCGAGAAGAUAAACUGCGCAUCCAGAAUGGCUGGCUGUGUCACCUGGCUCCAGAGAUCAUCCGCCAGCUGUCCCCUGACACAGAAGAGGACAAGCUCCCCUUCUCCAAGCACUCAGAUGUCUUUGCGCUUGGCACCAUCUGGUAUGAGCUCCACGCCAGGGAGUGGCCAUUCAAGACUCAACCAGCAGAGGCAAUAAUUUGGCAGAUGGGCGCAGGCAUGAAACCCAACCUCAGCCAGAUUGGCAUGGGAAAAGAAAUCUCGGAUAUCCUGCUCUUCUGCUGGGCCUUUGAACAGGAAGAGCGGCCCACCUUCACCAAGCUCAUGGACAUGCUAGAGAAACUGCCAAAGCGAAACCGUCGCCUGUCGCACCCCGGGCAUUUCUGGAAGUCUGCAGAGUACUCCCACAAGCUCAGGAGGCCCAGGCUCACCACCAGGGGGUCCCGACACAGCCCAGCCUGGGAGACCCGUGACAUGAAGACCACAGAGGCUGACAGCAUCUUGGACCUGCACCCCUUUACUCAGGCAGUAUCAGGGACCCCUGAGCUAGGAUCAGACUGGACCAGUGAGGUUCCAGUGCAGAGGCACCAUUCCAAGCUGGAAGUGACUGCUAGCCCCUGGGUGCACAGCUCCGAAGGACACUAG